AAUACUUUCAUAUCUCCUCUAAGCAGCAUGAGAUAGUGGGCAAUUCUAUCAAUCAAUCUGGAUUUACAUAGGAAUUUAGAAGAAUUAUUACACAUUUUUUGGAAUUAAUUGGAGAAAGAUAAGGAAGAUGUGGGUGUCAAAUGGAAACCCUUCAUCAGUGUUCAAUAUUGUUCUUCCUCGGACACCAUCCUCGACCACCUCAAACUUGUCCAUGGCGACCCUUUCACCCAAAACCCUUUUCCCAUUCUCGCAUAUCUUGCUCCAACAACAACUUCCCACGUUGGGAUUCCAAUGCUGAAACCUUUAAACCCAGAAAUUUCAAUUUCAAUAGUACCAGAGGCAAACCUCAAGAACAAGAAGAUGAAGAUGAAGAAGAAGAAGAAGAGUAUGGGAAGAAGAGGAGGUGGUGGUCAGAUGAGUCUCCAGGAAUCGAGGAAGGAGCUAGUGGAGUUUGGGAAGAAGCCAUUGAUAGUAUGUGGGUUUUCAAGGUUUUCAAAUCCUAUGGUUGGAUGCUGCCUAUCAUUCUCAUUUCAUGGUUGGUAUCUAGUGGCCCAAAAGCUUUCCUCAUGGCAUUAGCACUUCCCCUUGGUCAGUCAGCACUUUCACUAGCAUUUGAGAAAUUAUGGGGACGGUCCGAGAGCAAACCAAAACGCAAGUACAGGAUGAGGAGAAAACCCAGCACCACAAAUGGCGCAAGAGUUAAGGAGGAACCUGAAGAAAACCAGAAAACUAGAAAGGGGAAGACAGGCUACCAGUCAUGGGUAGUUGGGAAUAAUGGUUCAGCUGAUAUGGGCAGCCGAAAAGCGCCGAAUUUUGGUGGAUGGGAUGACUUGGAGAGAUCUAGACCAGCACCAAGGUCAUCUCGUGUGAUGGAUGGGUCACAAAGUAUGCCUAUGGAAGCUGGUAGGUUGAGUAGGAGAGAAAGAAAAAGUGACACUCCUUUGCUGUUGCGAUUGCUUAUUGCUAUUUUUCCAUUUUUGGGCACAUGGACAAAGAUGCUGUAAUAGUCUCCACCAUUUAACUUGAGCUUGGACUAGUUGGAUUGUGAUUCUCUAUAUCUUCCUUGGAUGAAAAGAGGCCAAGUAGUUAUUUUAUGAAGGUCUUUGUCCAUGUGCCAAACAACAUGUGUAGUCUUGAUUGAAUCAGUUGAUGAAUUUAGUUCAUCAACAUCAGCAAAUUUACAUUCUUUAAUAGCAGAAAGGAAUUUUGCUCGCCCCCAUUUUGGUGGUGGUUUGGUUUGUUGUAAUGGGAUUUUCACCAAAUAAUGCUUUUUAGACAACUUUUGUGAUCAUAACUUUGCAGUGUGAACUGCUAUAGGUGUGGCUGCAUACUUAGUCUAACAGGAAAUAUCAACUAUGUGUGACCACUUCAUCUUAAGCUGGAAUCACAUGUACAAUUGUGCAGAGUUGUGAAUGUAGCAUUUAGCAAGC